AUGGCCGAGGGCCGCCGGGGCUCUCCCCACGCUGGGCCUCGGGAAGGUUCCCGCUGCCUGGCCGGCGCCCUGGGGCGCUCUUCUGGAGACCCCGGCCCGCUCUCGCUUUGGCCAAGGUCGCCUUACAGAGACCUAGAGCGGUCGACACCCCAGACUGGGCUCCUGAUGCCCCCACGUCCCCUGGAAGGGGGCGACACGCCCCCCACCACAGGGACACGCCCCCACUGCGGCGACACUCCACCGCCAAGGGGACACGCCCUACGCCACGGAGACACGCCCCCCACCACGGGGACACGCCCCCACUACAGCGACACGCCCUCACCACGGCGACACGCCCCUGCCAAGGGGACACGCCCUACGCCACGGGGACACGCCCCCACCACGGGGACACGCCCCCACUACAGCAACACGCCCCCACUGCAGCGACACGCCCUCACCACGGCGACACGCCCCCGCCAAGGGGACACGCCCUAUGCCACGGGGACACGCCCCCACCACGGAGACACGCCCCCCACCACGGGGACACACCCACCACGGGGAUACGCCCCCAGCCACAGGGAUACGCCCCCACUACAGCAACACGCCCCUACUGUAGCGACACGCCCUCACCAUGGUGACACGCCCCCGCCAAGGGGACACGCCCUACGCCACGGAGACACGCCCCCCACCACAGGACACGCCCACAUCACGGUGACACGCCCCAUCACAGAGACACACUCCCACCAUGGGGACACGCCCCACCACGGAGACACGCCCCCCACAGAGACACACCCACCACGGGGAUACGCCCCCAGCCACGGGGACACGCCCUCACCACGGGACACGCCCACCACCGCGUCGAUACGCCCCCAGCCAUGGGGACACGCCCCACCACGGAGACACGCCCCCGCCACGGCGAAUCCAGUGGGAAGUAACCGCAGCUCACGGAGGCAGACGAGGUGCCGAGGCUCCCGGGCCAGUCGGGCCACACCAGACCCCGUGUGGAAGCCAAAGCGUGGCCGGGCCCGCCGCGCGCGCGCCGUCACCCGGGAGGGGGGGCCGCGAGGGCACGGCUCGGAGACUCCCUCACAACACGCACGCGUGCCCGCUCGCGGUGGGAGGAAGCACCGUGAGGGCGGAGCCCGAGACCCCACCCCCGGCACACCCGGCCCGGAGGGCUCCAGGGGCGGCUCGAGGGGCGCGGCGCCUGCCCGUAAACCGCGAGGCCCUGAGUUCGAGCCCCAGCACUGCCAAAAAAGAAACUGCAAUCCAACGAGGGCUGGGCACGCAGCUCAUGGGCACGCAGAACACGUGCGCGGGCGGGCGGGCGGGCGGGCACAAGGCCCCGGCCCCCCGCCAGCACUGGGGGGGACACGAACGCAAGAGGAGGCGUCCGCGAAAGGGAGCGGCCGGGAGUCGGUUGUGCAGAGGCGGGCCGGCGCCGUCUGA